GUAAUCGCGUUCAGAUUGCGAAAUACAAUGUAAAUUUACAUCAGUGGCAAGCACAAUGGCUUUGAAAAUUUAUCGCAAGACAGCCAACAGGAAGGAGUAAAACAUACCAGGCUCCUACGUUCAUUGGUCGGUCAGUUAUCUAUCUACCGACGCUAUAACUGGUCGCCAUCAUGGUUCACAGGUCAAUCGUUAUGUAGAUACAGUAACAUGUUUCGCCUGCCAACAGCUGUAGUUAGCAUUGCAUUCGAGUGUAAACGUUGCCGUUGAAAGUUAAGGCAUAAAGCGUAAGGUUCUCCAUAAAAAAAUUAACGCAUUUUUAUUUUGUGCUUUUGUAAGUGACGCUUCAAUGGUUGCGUUAUCCACGUGGUGUGCCAAAGCUGCGGCCUUCAGGGCCGUGAUAAUGGGCGCCCCUGCUUCCGGCAAAGGCACUAUGUCAGCUCGAAUUGUAAAACAUUUUAACGUGGCUCACAUAUCUAGUGGCGACAAGUUACGUCUUCAUAUGAACAGUAACACCGAAUUGGGCAAAGCAGUUUCAAGUUACGUGAAAUCUGGUAAAUUCGUUCCGGACGAUGUAAUGAUUUCAAUGAUAGACAAAGAGCUGGAAUCGGUGGGACAAGAAAAUUGGCUACUUGACGGAUUUCCAAGAACGUUAGAACAGGCGGAGAAAUUACAGAAAAAGCAUCCCGUAAAUCUUGUACUAUAUCUCGAUGUACCGAACGAAGUGAUACUAAAUCGCGUGAAAAAUAGAUGGGUUCAUUUACCCAGCGGAAGAGUUUACAAUGUUGGAUUCAACAGUCCGAAAAUACCGGGUAAAGAUGAUGUAACUGGCGAACCUCUAAGCAAGAGGGAAGACGACAAAGUUGAAAUUGUACAGGAAAGACUGGAAAGGUACUCAGAGGCAACUAAACCACUUUUAACGUAUUAUGGUAAUCUAGGAGUAUUGAGAAAUUUUCGUGGCAAUACUACCGAUGAAAUGUGGCCACAUGUCAAGGAUACUGUAACAAACUUUUUAUCAUAAUCUUUGGUCUGGAUGUAAUGGUUUAUAACGCAUAAUCAACUACGAAUUAGUUCAAAUUUAAAUAAUUAAUAGCGAUGACAUGCUUCCAUAUAGGCAAGGUAAUUAUACAGUAAGAUGUUAAAUGUUAUUUUUUUUUUACACAUACGCACAGGUACUGAUAUGAAUUGAGUGUGUGAACAAAUAAUGUGGGGAAGAUCCGUAUAUUUUUCUGUAAUUUUUAUAUAUGUAUAACAAUUGAACACUUUGCUUCUAUACAGUACAAAGUUUUUCAAUUUUCUAUCUACCAUUUUUACUUUGUUUUAUACAUAUAUCAUUUGAUUUUAUAUUGUCAUUUUUAUAUUUAAAUACACUUGUUGCAUUGUCAAAUUAAAUUUGGCAAAAAUAUUACUAUAUUGUAGAGAGUGUUCGAUAAAAGUUAAAUGAUAGCUCGAAUCUGUUAUAUUUUAUAUAAAUCAUUUAUAAAAUAUUGUUGUAUCAUGUUGUAAUGAGAAGGGAUCAAAAAUGUUAUGGACCGAUUGUGAAUCGGUAAGAGAUAUUUGUUAAACGUUACAUGACAAAGGUGUGUACUGAAAUGUAUUCUGUUGUAACAAUUAAUAGGAAAUAAACGUUCAAACGUAA